AUUAUUGUAAAAUUUUAUUGAGGCGUGGUUCUAAAAUGGCUGCUUUCCUGAAGAAGUUUAGGAAUAAAAGCAAGUCAGAAGAGACAUCUGGAAGUGCUGAAGAUGAAUCAUCUAAGAAGGAUGAGUGUAAAGAAUCACCAUUAAGCAAAAGGGUACCAGAAAGUCUCCCAACAAGCACUGAAGAGCGAUCAGAAGAGCCACUUAUUCAUGAAGAAGGAAGUUUAUUUAGUGGCUUGAUGUUAACGAGAACUGUGCCGAAAGAAGAGUCUGUGGGGCAGGAUUUAAGUAACGAUGAACGUAAAACAACAGAUCAAUGUAGCAAUGAUACGAGUCAAUUAGGAUUUUCAUUUAUUAAAGCUAGUAAAAAGGUUAUGUCUAGUGAUGCUGAUGAUGAAACGGAAUCUCCGUUUAGCUUUAUGAAUAACAAAUCAUCUGAAUCCAGUGCAUUUGGCUUUAUUUUGAAUUCUCCUAAAGAAAGUGCAGCAUCUUCGAUUUCUAUUACUUCUGUUACAAAUGCGAGUAGUUACCUCUCUACUGAUAAUUCAACUUCACAAAAAUCGUCAAGUAGUAAAGUUUCUCGGCAGCAACCGCCCAAUUCUACCCGAAAGAAGAAACAUAAAGCUAUGAGGCCUGGCCAAGAACGUCUUGAAAAUGAAGGAUCAUUACCCUUGGCUCUACUAGAAUCUUCUGAAAAUAAUCCUAUUGCUCAAGUUCAUGAAUCUUCAAGUGCAGAUGUUGAUUCUUCAGCAAGUGGUACUGCUGUAUCACCUAAUGACAACACUACAUGUGAAUCUUUGCCACAAAAUGCAGACUCAUUGCUACCUCACACUGCUCUUUUACAUGUAGAUGAAUUGUUACCAGAUGUACAAACUGUUCAUCUUGAAUCAAUAUCAGAUGCUGCUACCAUUGACGAAGCAUUACAAGAUGAUCAUGCUGCUGAGGAAUCAGUACAUGAUGAUAUUGCUGCUGUUGAUAAUAUAACAUCUGAUGAUAGGGAUGUUGACAUUACAGCUCAUGAGAAAUUUUCAGCAAGUAAGGAAGUGCUAGUAGAUGAGGAUGGUUCGAACUCGUCAGUUGCCAAAAGAGAGAACUUAUCAGAUGCCAAAGGAGAGAACCUAUCAGAUGCCAAAGGGAAGCACUUAUCAGAUGCCAAAGAAGAGCACAAAUUGUUUUCAGAUAUUAAAGAAUCUUCAAAAAGAGAUGUUACUGGAAGUGGAUCUGUUGAAGCCUGUGAAAUAAAAUUGUCUAAAAUAAAAUCAGAAUUUAAUCAACUCCACAAGGAGUGCUGUAAAACAGUUGAAAGUACAAUAAAUUCUCUUCAGAUGCGUAUUACAAGACGACAAGACAUUCAGAACUUGAAGUUAAGAGUAGAAGAGGCUUUAUCGAAAGAAAAUUAUGAAUUAGCUGAAGAAUUGAAUCAAGAGAUAGAAGCUGCUGAAGCUGGAGAAGAUAUAUCAUUAAAAGAUGCUCAAUUAUUUGUAAAAGAUUGGAUUGAAAAGUGUAAGUCUGCCAUGAGUAGUGAAUUAGAACUGUCUGAUGAACUUCAUACUGAGUUGGUUAAGAUCAAGGAAGAACAAUCAAAAGACUUACAGUUUUUUGAACAAAGUUUUAUGCAAAAGCAUGCUAAGAAUAAAAUGGAUCUUCAAACAAUGGCUGAUAAAGUUGAGAAAGAGAAAGGGCAUUUGUUGCUGGAUAAAGAUCAUCUAGACAAAAAGCAAAUGAUUCUUCAAGAUGAAGUAUCUCAACGCGCUGCUGAUUUUAUAGCAUGCAAAGAAAAACUUGAAAAGGAUAAAGAAGAAGUUGAUAUUGAAAUUGAAUUACUUGAAGAUAAAUUGAAACAACUAAAGGAAAGGCAGCUGGAAAUAAUCAGUCUUAUUUCUGAAGAAGACAAGAAAAUAAAAUUGGUGCACGAGGAGCUUUCAUCAAUGCAAGAAGAUCUUGAUAAGGAAAAGUGCUUGUUAAAGCAAGCCGAAGAAGAUUUGGAACAGCAAGUGCUAAUGUUUGAAGAGCUCCAGCUAUCUUACAGCAAUGCUAAAACUGAACAUGACUCUGAGAAACAAUGUCUUUUGGAUUUGGUGACAACUAGUAACGAAAGUUGUGUCAGUGUUCUUAAUAUGAAAGAACAGCUAAAUUGUGCACUUCGUGAAGCUAGUCAAUGGUCUUUAGAAGAUAUACCUAGCUAUGUGCAGCCUUCAGAAAAACUUAUUGGGAUGUUGCAAACUGAAAGAGCAACUGGUGACAAAAUAAAAUCUGUAACAGCUGAGGUUGUAUCACGGCAAAGUGAAGUGUCAACUCUUCAUAAACAUUUAUGUGAUGUAGAGUCACAACUUCCUAAAGUACAAGAAUCAAAGAAAAAUGCAGUCACAGCUCGACAAUAUCGGGAAGCUUCUAAGCUUGCUGCAGAAGAAAAAGAAUUUUUGUCAAAAAUAGAAAUGAUAAAACAGAAUAUUGAGAAAGUUGAUGCUGAAUUGUCAUCGAAAAACUCUCUCCUUUCUCAAUUAAGUGGGGAGUUCAGUGCCCUCAAAGAGGAAAGGAGUGCCCUUGAGAAAGAAGAAGACAUUGGUCACAUUCAAGCAUUGAUACCAGCAGUAAUGCAGCAUAGAACGUUAUUAUCCAAGUUUCAAAGUAUUUCUGAAGUACCUUUGUAUGAUGCUGUACAACUAUGGGCAAAUAUUUUAGAGUUAUUAGUACAAGAUUUAUGUAGCAAGCAUGGAUUAGAUGCUCAAGUUUAUUUUACUGAAUAUGGGGAUUCUGCAGAGAAUGACGACAAAGUUACUUCAUUGUUAAAUCUUAAUAAAGAACGCACACCUGGAGUUGGUAUGGAAGAUCCUUUGUGUGACAAUGAAGACAUUGGUAUUGAUAAAGAAACAUUAAAAAUUAGAAUAGUUGAUAUUGAGUCAAGAAUAGCCAAAGCUUGUGAUGAUGAAAACUUUGAUGUUGCAGCUGAGCUUGAUGAAGAGUUGACAGCUUUAAAAUCUGAAUUACUCGAACUUAAGUAGCACAGAAGUCAUUAUUAAUUUUUAAGAAUUUGUUAUAGUGAAAAUUGUUUCUAUUUCAUCCAAUACAUUAUUUCAACCAA